AUGGCUUGGCAUCUGCGGCGGCCUAUUCGCCUACAAAUUCACAAAGCGGCCUACGGCGUGAUGGGUUAUUGCCUUUGUGUCGCCAAAGGAGGCGCGGAGACUCUCAAGUUCAACAUGGCUCUCAUAUUGUUGCCUGUUUGUCGCAACACCAUCACUUGGCUACGGAACAAAACCAAGCUAGGUGUUGUCGUUCCAUUUGAUGAUAAUCUCAACUUCCACAAGGUUAUUGCAAGCGGGAUUGUGGUCGGGGUUUUGCUCCACGUGGUGUCGCAUUUAACAUGUGAUUUCCCGCGUUUACUUACCGCCGAUGAGGACACUUAUGAGCCUAUGAUACUUUGGGGAGCAACCAGAGAGCUACUGGUUCUUCGUGAAAGGAGUAGAAGGAUGGACUGGUAUUGUAAUGGUUGUGCUAAUGGCUAUAGCUUUUACACUCGCUACGCCUUGGUUAACAAGCUUAACUUACCUAAAUUCCUCAAGAAGCUUACCGGUUUCAAUGCCUUUUGGUACUCCCACCAUUUGUUCAUUAUUGUUUAUGCGCUUCUCAUUGUCCACGGUAUCAAGCUCUACCUCACCAAGACUUGGUAUGAGAAAACGACAUGGAUGUAUCUCGCUGUGCCCAUCCUUCUGUAUGCAUCUGAGAGGCUGAUCCGUGCUUUCAGAUCAAGCAUCAAACCGGUUAAGAUUCUCAAGGUGCCUGCUUAUCCCGGGAACGUUUUGUCUCUACACAUGACGAAGCCACAAGGAUUCAAAUACAAGAGUGGACAGUACAUGUUCGCGAACUGCAGAGCCGUCUCUACCUUCGAAUGGCAUCCUUUCUUUAUCACAUCUGCUGCCGGAGACGAUUACGUGAGCGUACACAUCCGCACGAUUGGUGACUGGACACGUAAGCUCAGGACCGUCUUUUCCGAGAUCCUUAUCGACGGUCCUUACGGUGCUCCCGCACAAGACUACAAGAAGUACGACGUGGUACUCCUCGUGGGUCUCGGCAUUGGAGCCACAACUAUGAUCAGUAUCCUCAAGGACAUCAUCAACAACAUGAAAACUCAUCACCGUGACAGCGACAUCGAGAACAACAACAGUAAUGGGAACAGCAAAGGGUUUAGGACGAGGAAAGCUUAUUUCUACUGGGUGACUCGGGAACAAGGAUCGUUCGAGUGGUUCAAGGGGAUAAUGGACGAGGUUUCUGAGCUGGACGAGGAAGGUGAGAUCGAGCUCCACAACUAUUGCACCAGCGUGUACGAGGAAGACGACGCUAGGGUGGCUCUUAUAGCCAUGCUUCAGUUGCUGCAGCGCGCUAAGAACGGUGCUGAUGUUGUCUCGGGCACACGUGUCAAGUCACACUUUGCCAAACCCAACUGGAGACAAGUCUAUAAGAAGACCGCUCUUAGCAUCCCGACAAACGAAUCGAUCAAUACCAGUGAUGUGGUGCAUGCACGAAAAAAUCCAUAUCCUGUCGUCUUCAACAAGGUCCGUUCUAACUAA